CACAAACACUUCCUGCCUGGGGCCUGCAGGCCUGUAAAUACAGCCACCUAGGAAGUGGAUGCAUUAGGCCUGUGGCCUAGGGAAGAAAGCCCAGGUCGUACCAGCAGCUUAGGUCCUCGGAGAGAUCAACACUCACCCUCAGAACAUUCCAGAAGAGGGACUGAAGUUGCAAGGGGGACAAAGAUUUGGCUGCUAGUGUCUUGAACUUGGCUUCUGUGUACAGGUGGGUCAUAGCUGACACCACCAACCAGCUACCUCUUCACGAGCAGCCCCCUGCCUCAGACUCUUCUGGCUCUGGAUACUAGGCUUCACAUCUCUUGUGGACUCCUUCCUCACACUGGGAUGUGCUCCCUGCCUGGGUCCCGGGAGCCUAUGCUGCGUGUGGCCGUGACUGGGGGUACCCAUGGGAAUGAGAUGUGUGGCGUCUACCUGGCCCGGUACUGGCUACAGUCCCCGGGGGAGCUGCAGAGACCCAGCUUCUCAGCCAUGCCAGUUCUGGCUAACCCAGCAGCCACGGCUGCCUGCUGUCGUUACAUGGACCGUGAUCUCAAUCGCACCUUCACCCUCACCUUCCUUGGUUCCACAGCUACCCCCGAUGACCCGUAUGAGGUGAAAAGAGCCCGAGAGUUGAACCAGCUACUGGGACCCAAAGGCACAGGCCAGGCUUUUGACUUUAUCCUAGACCUGCACAACACCACAGCGAACACUGGGGUCUGCCUCAUCUCUGAAGCCUCCCACAGCUCCUUCAACUUGCACCUGUGCCACUACCUACAGCUGCAGAACCCGGGGCUGCCCUGCCGCCUCUUACAGUAUGACGCACCUGGGACGGAGACCUACAGCGUGGAAUCUGUGUCCAAGAAUGGAAUCUGUCUGGAGCUGGGCCCCCAGCCUCAGGGCGUGCUGCGGGCCGACUUGUUCUCUCGGAUGAGAACUUUGGUGGCGUCCAUUCUGGACUUCAUUGAGCUCUUCAACCAAGGCAUGGACUUCCCUGCCUUUGAGAUGGAUAUCUACAGGAACUUGGGCAGUGUGGACUUCCCACGUACCACGGAUGGUGACCUGGCUGGCACAGUGCACCCUCAACUGCAGGACCAUGACUUUGAGCCACUGAGGCCUGGUGAGCCCAUCUUCAAGCUGUUCAGCGGAGAGGACGUACUGUAUGCGGGGGACUCCAUUGUGUACCCUGUGUUCGUUAAUGAGGCUGCCUACUACGAAAAGCACGUGGCCUUCCUGAAGACUGAGAAGAUCCGGGUCUCGGUGCCUGCUCUGCCGGGGCUGACCCCCAGCUCCACCCAGACUCCCUAACCCAAGUCAUACCUACCUGACCUCAGUUUUCCUAUCUGAACAAUGGGUCCCAAGGCACAGUUCCAAGCUCAGGAUCCCCUGUCUCACUCUAGACACCAUGUCCUUUUCCAGACAACUGAGCUCAUGAUAUAAAAUAGACUGUGCCCAAAAAUUCACAA